UUAAGGUUGGAGGUAGCCACUUUGUGGUAAUUUUACCGGACCUAUACUGGUGAGAGGUGCGGUACGAGCAAGCCUCGCAAGCAAUACAUUCUUUAGGUCAAAAGCCACUUGAAAUUUCUCUCAGUCACUGAAGAUAAAUUGAACGGUUUGAACGGGGUUUUGCUUAGGGGUUUAUGGUUCUAAUUAAAGGAUUGCGGAGGUUCCGGAUCAUACAAGUUAGUCUCUCCCGGUCAAGGGGAUACAGACCGGAAGGUCUUGAGGUCAGUGCCACUACUGAUCUACUGCUACUCCUUGUCGGGCAGGAGGGGCAAGUAGAGAAACAGAGUUUCUUAGGGUCUAGAUCACUUUGUUCUCGCAUGGUUAACUUCCUUUCAUAUAUGGUAGCGAAUCUAUAAUUGGGGAAGUUCUCAACUCUCUCAUGCAACAGCUGUCUCAUAAAGUUGAAGAUCGUUUAUUGGACGUGCGCUUGAACUUUAAACGUUCAUCGGCGUGAUAGGUAGGCUUUCACUGGUGAGCUUGGUCAAUGCGGCCACGCUUCCUAAGCUACUGAGCAGGGUCUAGGCCUCUUGUUGCUAUAUUCCGUCAAUAUAAACUGUUUUGUUCAAAUACACAUUGGGUCGCCGCCGUUGGUUGAACAUUCUUCCGAAUACUCAAGUAUGUCUGAUAAUGUCCACCCUUCAACACGCGGUGUCCACUCGAGUUUUCGGUCAGAUUCAACAUACGGCUCAGCAAACAUGGACGCUGAAGCUUCAAUUGCUCGAAAGAGCAGCCUUCCCAUGCCAACUUCCUCUUUUGGCUGUAGUCAGUGUCCUAAAUCAUUCAACAGGCGCGAGAAUUUGAGUCGCCACAUGAAAACCCACGAUGUUCCUCGGACUCAUAUUUGUCAAAUAUGUGAAAAGACAUUUACUCGCAGUGAUUUACUAAAAAGGCAUGAAGCCGGUCAUGAAAGAUGGGACAAGAAAGAACCAAAGUCUGAAGGUCGAAGGGGAUCGGUGAAACGAAGGAAGACUUCUGAAGAUCCCGAAAGCCACGAAAACAUUGAAAACUUCAAUCGGACGCCUACGAGUCGAUCAGAAUCGGCUCAUUUAUCUCCAUUGCAGAGUGGCCCAUCAUUUCUACCGGAAACGGUAACGGCAAAUUACUCGACUUCCUUUCAAGAGCCCACUGGGAUAAACAUACCGUUCCUCGAAGCGGCGCCUAGAUCAUUCGGGGCAGGCCAACGACUAAAUAUCAACAAUAAUGCACCCCAAUCAAUGCCAGUACUUGGCUUUGUACACCAAGAGACGCAGGUUUUCACGCAGCAAUACCGAGAUUCAUAUCAAGACACAACCUUGGAUCACCAGUUCCCUACGAAUCCUCUUGGUAUAAUGGGAUAUUCUUAUCAGAUACCCUUCAGUCAUACUUCCUAUUUGGAACCAGUGAACAGCGUGAUGGGAAAUGCGUGGGUUUCCAACGAGUUAUAUGCUAGCAUGGUUGAAACUGGGAACGAAUGGGAAAAUACUGGGAAGCUUUUCAAUCAAAAUGUUCCAGUUCCAGAUUCUAUACAGCAACAUUUUAGCAAUAUUAAACUGGACAGUUCAGGUUCAACUUCUACAAUGCCAGCUAGCGAGCCUGAUUUUGAAUACCAUCAACCUAAAAAUGAUAGAUUGGAUUCUCGGCCAACACGAUCUGCAAACCUCGCACGCGUCCCUUCACCGCCAAAUCUACCUUGGGGUGAAGAUAAAUGGCCUUCUUCAUGGAAUCCAAGCUUGGAUCCAAAUGCAAUGUUGGAAGCUGAUCCAGUUGAUCUACCAUUUGAUCAUCCUUUAUUUCAAAACCAUAACCCAAGAUAUGAUAUUUCAGAGUCAACAUAUUACAAAAUGCGAGAUUUCUUGACAUCUCCCGUUCACGAAGUUACUGACAGAAGACCACUCUUCACAAUGCCACCGUUAUAUGUGGUGAACAUCUUCAUUGGGCUUUACUUUAAGCAUUUCUCACACCAAGCACCUGUACUUCAUCAUCCUACCGUGGAUACCAAUCAACUUUCUCCGCCAUUAUUAUCUGCCAUGAUGAUUGUUGGAUCUACUUAUAGUCACCUUAAGAAUGGAAGACGACUAGCCAUUAUUUUAAUCGAAGUUGUCGGUUGGCAUUUGCUUGCCGCUAUUCGUCUAGAUAUGAGCUUGAUUCGAAAUCCUAUGACGAUUUUUACCGAAGCCUUACUUAUCCACAUGGGAUUAUGGUGUGGAAAUAAGCGUGCAUUCACCGUAUCCGAGUCUUUCAAAGGACAUGCUGUCUCCCACAUGCGUCGUUUAUACGAAAGUGAAAAAACAAAUACGCCAAAUAGAUAUUCGUCUGUGGAUCAAACAUUGAAAGAUCCCCAAGUUCGAUGGAAACGAUGGAUCGACGAAGAAUCUCUUAACAGGCUUUACUGGGUUGUCUAUGCAACUGAUCGCCAAUUCUCCGCGCUUUGGAAUCAAUCGUCAGCAAUGACAAUUGGUGAAUUGGUGGAUGUUAGCUGUCCUUGCGAUGAAGUCUUUUGGUGCGCCUCGUCUGCUAGCGAUUGGAACUUCGCGCUUGGGUCCGCGAAGCUACCACAGUCUUUAUCUUUUGCAGCUGCUGUAGGACCUUUUCUAUUUUCUCUCACCCCUCCCUCGCCUAUACCCCCCAUGGGUCAUUUCUCGACAGGAGAGGAGCCUAUAUUUCAACCCCAGCACAUUCGAUUACCGAAUCUUAAUUCAUAUACUGCGUUUCUUGUUCUGCUUGAAAUUCAACGUCAGAUAUUUGAUGCGUCACAAGAAUCUUUAGUUGCUAGCAAAUUCAUCAACAGUCAAAUCCCACCAGAAGUCUACGAAAGUUCACCCGGCCAUCAUCCUGCUUCAUCUCUCUCACAGGCCCUGAAAUCCCGCGUUUCUGCGAGGAGACAAGAACUAGCCUAUACGCUUAACCGCUUUUCGAAAACUUAUUUACGACCUCAAUUGACUAUACCUCACUCCACAUCUCAUAUUUUUCACCAAAUCUGUAUUGUUCAACACCAUAUCACAAGUCUUUUCCUCCAUAUUCCUUUCACAGAUCUAUUAAAUGCGGUUGGAAAAUCGAGUCAUGCGGGUAUUGCGCAUGCUCUAGAGAGACUAAGACUGUGGGCAAAAGAAGAUCCAGAAUUAGCUAUUGAUGUAGCUGUCCGAGCUGCUGUUGCAAUCAUGGAAUCAAAUAAAAAUCUUAAUGUGGAUGUGACCGGCCAAGAAAAAGAAAGCGCGGUAGCCAAGGAAACAAAAAGUGAUAUGAUAGAUACGGGGGUUUAUGGAGCCUCAUUAUUAAUGAUGACUCAUGUCAUUCUUUGGGCUUUCGCACAAGUUGCAGAUAAUAACCAAAAAGAUGGUCUGAUGAAAAGACUGAGAGGACACAAAAACACAGCAAAUGACGCAUUCUUGGAGAUAUUGGGGAGCGAAUUGAUGGAUGAGGAGGAUAGUGAGGAACUACCUGGCAACGGAAAAGGCGUAGACCCGGGAAGACCAAAAAGAUCGCUAUUUAAAAGUGCAGCAGAUACGCUGAUGCGGUUUGGCACUUGGGGAGUUGCGCUCGACAUGGCGAUGCUACUACGUUUCAGAGCGGAAGGGCAGGGCAGGGAGGGAAACAGGAGGCGAUGAAUUCGAAUAUAAUCUUCUGGUAUGGAUGAUAACUGUAUAUUAUACAAUUUAGACCAAAUGAGGGUCGAGUUAAGCUAUUUGACUUCUCUAACUUCUCGGGGGUCAUUGGAAGUUA